AUGUUAUCAAGGCUCCCCUUCCGUUGCAUGCUGCUGCUGUUGGCAAGUUCUCAUGCUGAAGCUUCCGCGGCGGCUGCAGCCACUGGAAAUUCCUUCAGGAAAACAUAUUCUGCAGCAGCGUCUCGAAGAGCAAAGGCCUUGUCCCGUCCUCUCUUGAAAUCUAGUGUAAAGUAUCGCCGGAUUGUAGCUCCGACGUCUAUAAGUGAUCGAAGCAGAAGAAUGGGCGCGCUCAUGGUGGCCGAACUCAAGCGCAAACUGCACACCAAAGUCGCCGACCUCUCGGAAGCUUUUGAGCCAGUGCUUAAAGCCAGAGGCAUCUUGUGCGAGUUGGAUACACUGUAUCUACUCAAAGCUUGUCGAAAACUUGAAAUGACGAUGAAACUAAUAGGUCAAAGACAAAGCGCACGGGAGAUGGAAAACAACAUUCACAAAGUAGAAGCGCUUUAUCACUCUGCACCGCAUGCGCGACGCAAAACGCUCGAGAUGCUUUUGGAAUACGAAAAGGAGCUCGGAAUUCAUCAGCCGAAUGGUAUUUUGAAGGACCCCUCGGUCGCCAUGGGAUUCUUGUGGAUACGCCGAUCACUGUCCUUUCAGUACAAGAUGUACUCGCUAAUUUUGGACUCCAAUUUGUCGACUACGGAAGCUGCCCUAUCGGCAUACCGCACUGAGCUAGAACCAUUCCAUGGUUGGGCGCUUCAGCGUAUACAUACACUCGCGCUCAAAACAACUCCUCCAAGCCAUGAAUUGCUCGCUACUAUUGGUGGCUUCCGGGAUGAGAAUUUUGGUCGCAUCGAGGAAGAGGUA